AUGUCUUCGUCCUUAAUAUACAUGUGUUGUUGUCGGUUUUUUAUAUUUAAAUUGAUUCUUCUUCUUCAUCAUCAUCCUGCUUCUUCUUCUCCUCCUCCUUCUUCUUUUUCUUCUUCUUCUUCUUCUUUGUUGUCUUCGCCGUCUUCUACUUCUUGUUCUUCGUCGUCGUCGCCGCCGUCUUGCUGCUGUUGUUGUUGUUGUUCUUGUUCUUCGUCGUCGUCGUCGUCACUGCCGUCUUCUUCUUCUUCGUCGUUGUCGUCAUCUUCUCCUCUUCUUCCUCCUCCUCUCCUCUUGUUUCUUCUUCUUCGUCGUCGUCGUCUUCUUCUUCUUCGUCGUCGUCGUCUUCUUCUUCUUCUUCUUCGUCGUCGUCUUCUUCUUCUUCUUCUUCUUCGUCGUCGUCGCCGUCGUCGUCGUCGUCGCCGUCGUCGUCGUCGUCGUCGUCGUCGUCACCGCCGUCUUCUUCUUCGUCGUCGUCAUCUUCUCCUCUUCUUCCUCCUCCUCUUCUCCUGCUUCUUCUUCUUCGUCGUCGUCGUCGUCUUCUUCUUCUUCUUCUUCUUCGUCGUCGUCGUCGUCGUCGUCUUCUUCUUCUUCUUCUAUGCUCAUAUUAUAAUUCUGCUGGUUCUUUCGUUCCUUAACACAUGCGUCACGCCCUGGCAUAUAAUUUCAUUCUUCCUUUUCCCAUUCUUUUUCUUUCUUAAACUCCUACCAUUCCCAUACUUGUUCUUUCUUUCACUCUUCCCUUUCCCAUUCUUGUUUCUUUUUUCACUCUACACUUUCCCAUUCUUUUUUUUUUCUUUCACUCUUCCCUUUCCCAUUCUUGUUCUUUCUUUCACUCAACCCAUUCCAAUUCUUUUUCUUUCGUUCACUCUCCCCUUUCACAUUUUUUCUUUCUUUCACUCUUCCCUUUUUUAUUUUUUCUUCCUUUCACUCUCCGCUUUCCCAUUCUUUUUCUUUCUUUCACUCUUCCCUUUCCUAUUCUUUUUCUCCCUUUCACCCUUUCCUUUCCCAUUCUUUUUCUUUCUUUCACGCUUUCCUUUCCCAUUCUUUUUCUUUCAUUCACUCUUUCUUUUCCCAUUAUUUCCUUUCUUUCACUCUUCGCUUUCCCAAUCUUUUCUUUUCCUUCACUCUUUCCUUUCCCAUUAUUUUCUUUCAUUCACUCUUCUCUUUCCCAUUAUUUCUCUUUCUUUCACUUCCAUUUCCCAUUCUUUUUCUCUCUUUCACUCUUCACUUUCCAAUUCUUUAUCUUUUUUUCACUCUUCCCUUUCCCAUACUUUUUCUUUCUUUCACUCUUCCCGUUCCAAUUCUUUUUCUCUUUCGCUCUUCAUUUCCCAUUCUUUUUCUUUCAUUCUCUCAUCCCUUUCCCAUUCUUUUAAUCUCUUUCACUCUUUCAUUUCCCAUUCUUUUUCUUUCCUUCACUCUUUUCCUUUUCCCAUUCUUUUUUUUCCUUCACUAUUUUUUUCCCAUUGUUUUUCUCUUUCACUUUCCCGUUUCCCAUACUUUUUUCUUUCUUUCACUCUUUCCUUUCCCAUUCUUUUCUUUCCUUUCCUUUCCCAUUCUUUUUUUUUCAUUCACUCUUUCUUUUUUCCCAUUAUUUCCUUUCUUUCACUCUUCCUUUCCCAAUCUUUUUUUUCCUUCCUCUUUUCCUUUCCCAUUAUUUUCUUUUUUUUCCCCCAUUAUUUCUUUUUUUCUCUUCCAUUUCCCAUUCUUUUUCUCUCUUUCCUCUUCACUUUCCAAUUUUUAUCUUUUUUUUUCUUCCCUUUCCCAUUUUUUUUUUUUUUCUUUCCUUCCCGUUCCAAUUCUUUUUCUCUUUCGCUCUUCAUUUCCCAUUCUUUUUCUUUCAUUCUCUCAUCCCUUUCCCAUUCUUUUAAUCUCUUUCACUCUUUCAUUUCCCAUUCUUUUUCUUUCCUUCACUCUUUCCUUUCCCAUUCUUUUUCUUUCCUUCACUAUUUUUUCCCAUUGUUUUUCUCUCUUUCACUUUCCCGUUUCCCAUACUUUUUCUUUCUUUCACUCUUUCCUUUCCCAUUCUUUUUUUCAUUCACACUUCUCUUUACUAUUCUUUUUCUUUCAUUCACUCUUUCCUUUCCCUUUCUUGUUUUUUCAUUCGCUCUUUCCUUUCCCAUUGUUUUUCUCCCUUUCACAUUUCUCUUUCCCAAUCUUUUUCUUUCUUUUACUCUUUCCUUUCCCUUUUUUCCUUUAUUCACUCUUUCCUUUUUCAUUCUUUUUCUUUCUUUCUUUCCUUUUCCCAUUCUUUUUUUUUUUUCUUUUCUUUUCUUUCCUUUCCUUUUUUCCUUUAUUCACUCUUUCCUUUUUCAUUCUUUUUCUUUCUUUCACUCUUCCCUUUCCCAUUCUUUUUCUUUCUUUUACUCUUUCCUUUCCCUUUUUUCCUUUAUUCACUCUUUCCUUUUUCAUUCUUUUUCUUUCUUUCACUCUUCCCUUUCCCAUUCUUUUUCUUUCCUUCACUAUUUUAUCCCAUUCUUUUUCUCUCUUUCACUUUCCCGUUUCCCAUACUUUUUCUUUCUUUCACUCUUUCCUUUCCCAUUCUUUUUUUCAUUCACACUUCUCUUUACUAUUCUUUUUCUUUCAUUCACUCUUUCCUUUCCCAUUGUUUUUCUCCCUUUCACAUUUCCCUUUCCCAUUCAUUUUCUUUCCUUCACUCUUUGCUUUCCCAUUGUUUUUCUUUCCUUCACUCUUCGCUUUCCCUUUCUUUUUCUUUCCUUCACUCUUUCCUUUCCCAUUGUUUUUCUCCCUUUCGCAUUUCCCUUUCCCAUUCUUUUUCUUUCUUUUACUCUUCACUUUCUCAUACUUUUUCUUUCUUUCACUCUUUCCUUUCCCUUCUUUUUCUUUCAUUCACUCUUUCCUUUCCCUUUUUUUCCUUCAUUUACUCUUACCUUUCCAUUUUUUCCUUCAUUUACUCUUACCUUUCCCAUUCUUUUUCUUUCCUUCACUCUUCCCUUUCCCAUUGUAUUUUCUCUCUUUCACUCUUCUCUUUCUCAUUCUUUUUCUUUCAUUCACUCCUCACUUUCCCAUUCUUUUUCUCUCUUUCACUCUUCUCUUUCCCAUUCUUUUUCUUUCUUUCACUCUUCCCCUUUCUAUUCUUUUUCUCUCUUUCAUCCUUCCCUUUCCCAGUCUUUUUCUUUCUCUUUUUCACUUAUCCCUUUCCCAUUCAUUUUCUUUCCUUCACUCUUCCCUUUCCCAUUCUUGUUCUUUCUUUCAGUCUUCUUUUUCCCAUUCUUUUCUGUCUAUUACUCAUCUCCUUCUCAAUUUUUUAUUUUUUUCACUUUUAUCUUUCCCAUUCUUCUCGUUCACUUUUUUAUCAUUCUAAUUCGUUUACUUUUCUUCUCAUUUUAUUCCUGUCUUUCUUUCACUCUUAUUCUAAUUUUUAUUCUCGUUUUCAUUCUUUUUCUUCCUAUUAUUUUUCUGAACAUUGUUAUUUUUACUAUUUAA